AUGAGCAACCUUUACGCGCACAGAGAAGAGCAAAACAACCAGAAGUUCGACCAGCUAGCGCAGACGCUAAGCCAGUUCCGCACCACCGUGAAUCACGACAUUCACGAGCUGAUCCAGCAGGAAAAUGGCCUCUUGGAUCAACUCAAUGACAACUUCUCCAACUUGAUGCAGCUGGUGAAGCGGACGCUGGGCAAUUUGAGCACGGUGAUGAAUCGCAAUUCUAGCUUAGUUCGGAUUGUGGCGAUUAUCCUAUUGGCGUUUUUCAUCGUUUGGAUGCUUUUCAAGUUGCUAUAG